UUGUCUGGUAGGGACCCUGAGCCGGAAUGUUACCAGCAAGCGACGGAUCGCUUAUAUAUACUCACAUGGCAAUCCGAACUAUGCAUUCUUAAUCAUAUCAAUAGUAACAGCGGUAUGGAGACGGAACUCAAGAUCGUGAACACAAAGUCCAGCUUCAACAGCAAGGCAUUGAUUGUGAGGUUGUUAGCACUCACACUGACUCUGGUCGCUGCGGUCCUACUCGGAGUUGAUAAGCAGACUACCACGGUCUCUCUCACCAUCGUUACGUCCCUACCGCCGGUAGACCUCCCUGUCACUGCUAAGUGGAAUCAAUUGUCCGCAUUUGUGUAUUUUGUGAUUGCAAAUGCAAUUGCAUGCUCAUACGGAGCAACAUCUUUGAUUGUCAUAUUGGUAACAAGAGGCAAAAAUAAGCUUGUGUCAUUGAUGGUAACUGUUUUAGACAUAGUGAUGGUGGCACUACUGUUUUCCGCAAUCGGAGCAACCGGUUCAGUCGGUUUGAUCGGCUACAAUGGCAACUCACAUGUGAAUUGGGACAAGGUGUGUAAUGUGUUCGGUAAAUUUUGCCACCAGGUAGCCAUAGCUGUUUUUCUUUCCUUUGCUGGUAGCAUAGCAUAUCUUCUUCUUAUUGUUCUUGCUGCUUUAAAGCUUCAUGACAAGUUUUGAGAAGGCACCAUGUAACUUGUAUUGUGUUGUUUUUUGUAUUGAAUGUUCAUGGCCAAUAAAUUCAUCAACUCUCUUAUGAUA